CUAUUCGACCGUCCAGGUCCAUGGAACGUAGUAUAUGCACAUGCUUCGAGCUAGAGUUUGUCUUCGGAUGGGGCCGAGUGAGGGCCGUCGCGCGGGGAUGUGACGGCAACAGCGUAAGCAGGCGUGUAAGCCAAAGUCACGUAUAAAUACGACGGACCGGUUCGCCAAACGAAGUGGUCAAUCCAAGCACGUCAAAUCCCUAAAUCAUGAAAUUCACUGCCUUUCUUGCUGCCGCGCUAGUUCCCGCUGCGUCGGGCUUCUUCCUCGAGAUCAAGGACCAGGACUUGGCUUUGAUCAAGUACGUCCGCAUCACAUAUCGCUAUCUCGGCGGCUCGGCAGGCUGGGGCCCUGAUGCGCCCUACAUGGGCGUCACACUCGACAAGUCUGGCAGCCUGACAUCGACGGCGGAUCUCGGCAAGGUGUACUUUAGAAAGGAAGAUGGCCGCCAGGGCUGGUGGCAAGCUGCGUUUUCUCUGCUCGAUGCCCCCCGUAAGGAUGAUAUUACUGGUCCGUUUGCGGUCGAAGGCGAAAAGCUCGUAUACAAGGGAACCCAAGCACCCAAGGCUGUUUGGACGUUUUGCCCCGACACGGAUCCUGGAAACGACGUGCGCUACUGGGACAUGUAUCUGACGACCGAGGACGGGACUCCCUUUAAGUGCAAGAAUAAUGUCGCCGUCUCGGUUCCCGUACUGUAA